GUGGUGGUGGCACACUCGCCUAUGACGGCACCAGCCGGGUCAGCUUCCCCUCUGGUCUGAAGUGAGGUCUGAGCCGACAUGGAGCAGGAAAAUAGGUGGCCGGCUGUGCAUCAGACUCCCACGGAUAAUGAGCAGUCGACACCAGCGUUGCAUGUAUCUGUGUCUCCUGGAAACAGUGGAGUUCAUCAGCCACCGGCCACUCAACAUUUAUCGGGGAUGUCGAGGCCUUUUAUGUUAUCUGCUGAGGAGUCCAGGCAGAAUACGGGUGAAGGGGAGUCCCAGUUCAUUAUGUCACUACCCGAGCAUAGUGCCAGGUACUCCUCCCAACUGACUCCUCCACCUUCCCAGAUGUAUCAUCAGACGCCAUCGAACCACCAACCAGGGAGAAUGAUUGACGCGGCAUCCCACAUGAUGCCCUUAGGGAAUCCCGGUACUCUGGGAGUGACCAUAGCCUUUAGAGAGAAUCUGAUUCCUCACAGUGGCCUGCCAGGCUCAGCUUCCGGUGGAGUCCCAGUAAUGGCCCACAGCAGUACCCCAACAAUGCCUUAUUCUGUCUCCUCAGCAGUACCUGCUACCACAGGCUCUUUAAAUCACGGAAUAUUUUUGGUUCCCGGCAUGCCUUCCACUGUGACCCAUGCCAUAUCCCCCUCUAUGGAUCAGAUGUUGCACUUAAGUCCCUACAACCCUGGGCUAGCCACACCUAGGCUCCAGCCAUUGCUAACAUUAGAAUCCCAGGACUCACGUGUGGCCCAGUCAAAUCGCCUGGAAGAACCUUUCGUACACAGGCAGCCCACAACUGCUCCACAGGGAACAGAGAACCCCACUGCUCCAGGAGGGGCACCCAGGAGGCCACCCCCAGUGUCAAGGCCUUACGUCUGCACGUACGACAACUGUGGAAAAGCUUAUACCAAGCGUUCUCACCUGGUCAGUCACCAACGCAAACACACAGGUGAGAAGCCCUACGUAUGUGACUGGGAGGGCUGUACUUGGUCUUUCUUUCGCUCUGAUGAGCUUGGACGACAUAGACGGAUCCACACCAGGGAUCGACCACAUAAAUGCGAGGACUGUGGCCGACAGUUCAUGAGAUCCGACCAUCUCAAGCAACACCAAAAAACUCAUCAAACUCAUCAAACUCAUCAGCAGCGCCUGCCAGAUUUCCAGACGCCUCAGGCCAACAGUGGACAGACAGAUGGACAGAUAGGUGGUCCUCUUGCUCCUGGUCAGGGGCUUUAGCUCCCUUUCCUGGAUUCUCAACCCAAGACCCUGUUGCCCGGGUCAUCUCUGGGGUAGGUGAAAGUUCAGAUGGACAGGAAGUGGUGGGGAAGCCCACAGGAAGCUUUUGACACCAUCAUGGAGUCCUCAAAAUCUGGUGCCCGCCUCUCCGGGAUUACUGACUUCUGCAACUUAGCCAGAUGGAAGAUGAGUCAUAGAUUAGACUUAAUUAGAAAGCUCUUUUCUCCUGUCAAUCCCUAGCAGGAAACACUCUCAUGCCUGCUCCAUGAAACCCAUGUUCUCUCCCAGGGUCUUCCACAGUUUCCAGGGCCAGACCAUGGGAAAGAUAUCUUAGUGCUAGAAGGUACUAGACACAUCAUGCUCUACAUCAGACUCUCUCUGGCCUUCACCACUCAUCCACCCAGAGUUUCUCUUCCCAAGUCUUCGACAGAAUACCCCACAUAGGACAUGACAUCUGGCAUUCCAUGGGGCCACCAAAAUCAAGCCUUGUGAGGAGACGAAUACUCAUGGGGAAAACUUCAAUGGAAGCGAGAUAGGGGAGAGGCAGGUAGCAAUUCUCCUCUCCUGUCCCCACAAAUUUUUGCAAGGCAUUUUUGCUCCCUGAUAGCGCAGUCUGUGGGAGACCCCCCAAGCAGCCCGCAGACACCCCCUUCAACGUUGGUCAUGAAGCAGAGCCCAUCAUGGAAAUGUGUGGCCUUAGACCACUUCAUUCCUUCCGUUCCCGUUGAUGUUCUCCCGCCUAUUCCUUGGCUUUGAAUGUCCCCAAUAAAAGCAGUGUGUAGGCUGUUCGUCAGAUGGAUUGGGCAAUGGGAGGCUCAGGACAACUCUCAUUGUAACUUCUUCCUUACCUGGCCCAGGUACCCGGUUGCAGAUUGUCAUUGGUGCAUUCAACAAGUGUUACAUUUAUUAUGUGCACAUGUGUGGGGGUCAGUGACAACUGGGGGAGUCACUGAUCGUCCAGCAUGUGGGUGCCUGGGAUUGAACUCGGGGUGUCAGGCUUGGCAGCAAGCACCUUUCUCUCAUGACCCAUCUUGAUGGCCUUCAUUUGGCUUUGCUUUUGAGAAAGGGGUUCACUAUGUAGCUCAGGCUGGCUAGCAGCUGUCUUCUGGAGUUGUGAGCACCCACCCGGCUUCAGGUUGCCUCCCUUAUCCUGCCCUCUGGUUUUGAGGGACAGUAACUCUCCUGGUAACUCAUCCUGGCUGUCUAGAACUUCUGGAUUCAGCUGGCCAUUUUACUGAUCAUGUAGCUAAUGGAAAGGAGCUUGACCAAGCCACCCAGUGGGAGAGCCAAAACCCCAAACAUCUGCCUGCCCCCUAAGUGGGUGUCUUCCCUAAGAGCUGGCAACUCCCAUAGAUGUUCCAUAGCCCUGGGCCCAGUCCUAUGCCAAGUGUUGACUACAGAAGGGGACUCCAUCUUACCCUUAGGGGACCAUGGUGGGCCUACCUAGGUGCUCAGGCGUCAACUCACAAGCCUCCCCAGGACAUGAGUGGUGUGGGGGCAGCUAAAGGAUGUACCAGGAAGAACAAACCUCAGUGUGCCAGCUAGACCUCAUCCACUGAGGCUUGGCUUAGCCAUGGAGGAGUUGGCAGUCGCCAUGACUGUUAGUGAGCAGAAAAGACCAUGGGCAAAGCUUGUGAACAUGCUCAGUGCAGCCAGGAGGUGCCCGUACUGUGCAGACCCAGACUUUUCCUGGGCCUCUGGGGAAGGCCAGCAGCCUUGACUGUGUGUGGCCCUGUCGUGCAUGGCCACCGACUGGGCCACUAAUAACCAAAGCAUGUGGGCCAGCAUUCUGAGUGGACAUUAUUUUAAAAAUUCAGAGGGGCUCCCCUGACUAGUUCUAGACAACUGAGUUAGGGAGAGUCUCGUUCCUGAGUAAGCACCAACCUCUUCUAGGGAACAUUUGGGGAACAGUGGGCCAGAACUGGUCUCCCAUCUUCCAUACAACCAUGUGCGAGACUAGCAGAUUAGAUUGCUAGGAUACAAGACAAGACCUCUCUCAGCUAAAAUGUGCCAAGGAUGAACCAGAGAGCCGUGACAGCCAGAACUGACCUCUGCCUGCAGAUGUUGGAAGCUAGCUACCGUUAGAAGUGUUAGCCUGCACUUGGGAGGCAGAGCCAGGUGGAUCUCUGUGAGUUCAAGGCCAACCUGGGCUACCAAGUGAGCUCCAGGAAAGGCGCAAAGCUACACAGAGAAACCCUGUCUCGAAAAACAAAAAAAAAAAAAAGAAGUGUUAGCCUGGUGUGCCGGCACAUACAUGCCUGGAAACCCAGCACUCAGGAGGCGGAAGCAGAUGAUGAGAAAUGGCCGAAAGUGACAGAUGACAGAUGAGCAGUUGUCUGCCGUAUAUGAAAACUGUCUUAAGUUAUUUUGACAUUUUGCCUGUAUGUGUACCAGAGUGCAUGCAUGGAGGUCAGAUGUGAGCUUGCAGGAGUUUUCCUCCUGUAACGUAGGUACCAGGGAUCAAACUCAGGUCUUCAGGCUUGGUGGCAAGCAACUUUAUGACCCACUGAGCCACGUCGCAGGCCCAUAUAU